AUGGGUACAAAUAAUCCUCUCGGUCUUGUGGAAACAAUCUACCUAGCGUCACGAGAAUGCUCGGACACCUUCGAGAAAUACAUUGGCUCAUUACCAGGAGAAAGCCCGGCGCGUGAACCUUUAUUGGAACUGCGAAGUCUUUUCAAGCAAUGGACCGCAUAUGUUGGGGCUUUCGCCGCCCCAAAAGCAUCGCUUGACGCCCGACUUCAGAACCAUGAUGCAGUGAGGGAGAUCAUACUGGAUUUGCUUUUCAUGCUGCUGCAGAACUUGCGAUGGGCGAGGCGCACCGGAUCACACGAUACAGCAGAUCAGCUUUCCUACCAACACACGGAACCAAACCCGCUGAGCAGCCCAGAUCCCGCAUCACCCAUGGACGAAGUCGGUCUCCCAGUAGUACAAACAACGAUUGGUCGAUUGCUGCAAAUUGGAGUCGCAAUACGACACUCGGGAUGGUACACUCACCAGUCCAAGCUAAAAGACGAAGACCCUACUUCUAAGUUACUGCGCGAACAAUGGCUCGAAACAAAGUACAGCAAGAUACCUCAAAGCCUCAAGUCACAACUCUCCCGUUCCAUGUAUACGCGAACCACUUCCAUAGACUAUAUGCGAUUGCAUAACGAAAGACUUGCGCAUGAGCGGAAAGAAACGGCUUCUCUGAAUUAUGCUGCUCCAAAUGCUUUGUCUGGAUUGGAGGAGCCUAUCGGCGAGGUUUCUAAAAUCAGCGAACUGAGGGCUCCAAAUGGGUUGCUUGCCCCAACUGUCGAUACCAACUAUAGUACUGUCAUGACACCUUCCGCUGUGAGUCGAGUACAGAGUAUCAUGAGGAAACCGACGGGCACAGUAAUAAGCAGAGGGGUGCCAGUGUCUGAUGCAACGACCGACGAGUUCUUGUAUCCAGAGAUGCCUAAAGCGUCAACGGCAUGUCCAAUCUGUGCAUGCCCCCUCCAAUCGUCUCUCAUGCGACCGCAUGAAUGGAGGUCACAUGUAGAAGGCGACUUGGAGCCUUACGUUUGCAUCUCUGAGGACUGCAUAGACCCACUAAGAUACUUCAAGACUUUUGAUCAAUGGGAAUCCCAUAUGCAAAACCGCCAUACCGCACGAUGGGCUGAGAGAAUCCAUACCCAAAGAUGGUAUUGCGAUUUCGAACACGACCCGAUCCAAGAGUUUGACAAGGAGCAUAGUCUGAGGGACCAUUUGAAUGCUGAGCAUGGCCAAAAACUGACCGAUUCUCAACUUCGUGGUAGGCUAAGACGCAAUAGAAGGAUCGCGUCCCGAAACGCCUUCAUUUGCCCUAUCUGCGACUCUGAGCCUGCAAAUAUCCGAAAGAAGGUGGAUGGCAAUCCAUAUCAACUUUUGUGGAAUCAUAUUGGGGAGCAUCUCAAGUUACUAGCGUUUUCGUCGUUGCCAUAUGACCAAUUCGACUCUGGCGAACCACAAAGCACACUCUAUGCAGCGACCACAGACCAAGACGAAACUACACAGAAUUCUAAACACAAAGAAAGACAAAGUUUUGAGGAUUUGACCACGGUGCCCGAGACUCUUGUUUUGGAAGAUGGUAGUUGCGAGGUGGACGAUCUAGUAGUUUCGGCAUGUUCAAGCGACGAUCCUUCGUGCUGCGUCGAUCGGCCACACAAUCAGAAAACCAUUUUCCGAGCCGAAACUGAGUUACCAGAAGCAUUCACCUGGACUGAUAUCGACCUCAGGAUGCAGCAAAUGUCCGGUCUCCACACAAACUAUGAAGAGCUCGCAAAAGGAUUGGGCGUCAUUGACGUGAAUGUAGAAGAUGAGACAGGGUACUCAUCAGAUGAAGCUUUCGGCUCCGAAGACGAACUAAGUCUGCGAGGCAAGCUGAUCAAAAUGUUCUACACGAGCAAUUUCCACAAACCUCGCCGAAAGUUCCUUCCUGAAGACCAGGUGAGAACUCUUAUCACAAAAGAAACUGUUCUCAAAGAGCUCAGGAGAGCUGAUUAUACGACCACCACCAGUCUGCGAGUACCCACCAGUCUGCAAGUACCCACUCCUCAAGAAGUUAAUGCGGGUUGGAUAGCAAAGAAUGCUCCUAGGACUUUCGCUACUGUAGUCAUCAGUAGAUUGGACCCACGGGAGCUUUCGAGUUACAUGAUCGUGCUCAGGAACAUCAACUUUACAGAUGAAAGUCUCAGCAGGGAAAAUAUUGAAACAGUUCUUGAUACUACUCUGCUGAAAGGACUGGACAUACAGGACGAAGUUAAGGCAAAACGAUGGCGAUUCUUAGUGCCCAUUUUCAGUUUACAUAUGCAAAAGUACACACUACCUGCGGAAAGUAUCCUGCCAUUCAGUGUGGAACCUGGAGUGAUACAAAGCGACGCUUACACAACGAUGACGAAAGUGUACAUACACCCAGCUCAUCGCGAAUGGUCGAACAGCCAGCCAGUUGUCAUUAAAGAGUUCCAUGCGAAAGACAAGGAUUGGAAUGCGUUAGCUUGGACGACUGAGGCAGUGGUUCAAGGACGAGUCAACAACUUUCUACACAACCACCUGACUGAAUGCCUUGCAGCUAUCAAAAUGGGUGAUCGGAAGUACUUAAUGUUUCCGUGGGCUCAUGGAGGUUCACUUGGAGAUUUUUGGGCCACGGGCAUAAAUACCGGCCCCAACGCUCGUCUGAUAAAAGAUACCGUCAGACAACUCAGAGGUCUUGCUGAUGCUUUGCAUUGUCUCCACCAUGUGAUGGGUAGCGAGAAUAGGGUUAGGGUUAAGAGACCUGAGUUCCCGGAACUUCCUGACGACGGUGUGCCCGCGAUCCAGUUGAAUGGUGUGGACAUCGGGGACGGCGAUGUUGGGGCAGCUAUCAGCCAUGGAGAUCUGAAGCCGGAAGACAUCUUCCGGUUCUUCGACGAAGGUGCAGAUACGACCCAUACAUUACAAAGGCUUGGUACUCUGCGAAUUGGUAAUGUGGGUGUGUUGAAGCAACCUGUCUUGGGUGGAAGCGGGUACCCAAAACACGACGCAGAUCAGAGACGCGCUACGUCCCGAUAUAAGGCCCCUGAGCUAGCAAUGCCACAACGUGACGGACCACCUUGGUCGCACGAUAUGUGGUCCAUAGGAUGUAUCAUCUUCGAGUUCAUCAUUUGGAUCCUCCAUGGUAAGAACGGGCUAGCACAGUUCAACACUGAAUUGCGGUAUACGUUCUACGACAAAUCAGGGGCCGGAACAACGCCUAGAGUUCACAGCGUUGUAUCUGCUUGGAUGUCUCAUAUGUUAGGAACGGAUCCGGAAUGUUCGCAGCGUAGCGUAAUUCGGGAUCUCUUAGAGAUUGUACGUGACCAGUUGCUAAUUCCGGCCGUGGACAUAUUACCCCGUAUCGACCGACAGUUGACUCGCUGUCGCGUCACGGCUGCUGAGCUGGGUGACUCUAUGGACAAGAUUUUACGCGAUAUCAAUGAUCUCCCAGAGACCUAUCUGUCCACGGGAAAGAGUCGGGAUUCCAUUCGACUUCCGAGAAAGAGAACGAUCUAUGGUUAG